UCCAAGCUUCACUCAUGCAUAGAAGAUUAUCUAGGGAGUUGUAAGCCAUGGGUGCUUUGUAGGAGCUUUGGAACUUCAAGAAUCUUCCCAACUUGUUCAUCUUCUUCACUAGUUUCUACCCUAGCCAUUGUGCUAGUAGUUUUUGACACGUACGGACGCUCACUUCGAUAUCAUAGUACACGGAACGCAAACUUGGUUGGAUUGGCAAUGGCAGAAAAUGCUUCAGUGAAUGAUGAUACCAAAGAUCAAAACCCUUCGCGGCCUUUGGAGAUCGAGGAGGAGUUGUCAAGAGAGAUUCAAGACACACUCACUCUUUCACAAAGGCACAAAUUUUGGGAAACACAACCCGUUGGGCAGUUUAAGGAUCUAAAUGAUACAAGCUUACCCGAAGGCCCCAUUGAACCUCCAACACCCAUCUCUGAAGUCAAACAAGAGCCCUAUAACCUUCCAAACCUCUAUGAAUGGGUUACUUGUGAUAUCAACUCUGAAGACACAUGUGCUGAGGUUUAUAACCUCCUCUCAAACAAUUAUGUGGAAGAUGAUGAAAACAUGUUCAGGUUUAAUUACUCUAAAGAGUUUCUGCGGUGGGCCCUACACCCUCCUGGCUACUACAAAACAUGGCACAUUGGGGUUCGCGUCAAAAGUUCAAAAAAGCUUGUUGCUUUCAUAACCGGCAUUCCUGCAAGAAUCCGAGUUCGUACAGAUGUUGUUAGCAUGGCAGAGGUUAACUUCUUGUGUGUUCAUAAGAAACUCAGGUCAAAAAGAUUGGCCCCUGUCAUGAUCAAAGAGGUCACAAGAAGGGUUCACUUGGAAAAUAUCUGGCAAGCUGCAUAUACAGCGGGGGUGGUUCUUCCCACACCAAUAACUUCUUGCCAAUACUGGCACAGAUCUUUAAAUCCAAAAAAACUCAUUGAUGUCGGGUUUUCAAGGCUUGGCCCACGGAUGACUAUGAGUAGGACAUUGAAGCUUUUUAAACUACCCGAUCAGCCCGCUACACCCGGGUUCAGAAAAAUGGAGCUCCGUGAUGUGCCUGCAGUGACCCGAUUGCUUAGGGCUUACUUAAUGCAGUUUGUGGUUGCACCUGAUCUUGAUGAACUUGAUGUGGAGCAUUGGGUUCUCCCAAAAGAUGAAGUUGUUGACAGUUAUGUGGUUGAAAGCCCCGAAAACCACAAAAUAACGGAUUUCUGCAGCUUUUACACACUGCCAUCAUCGAUUCUUGGCCACCCGACUCACUCGAUUCUGAAGGCGGCUUAUUCUUACUAUAACGUUUCAACCAAGACGCCUUUGCUUCAGUUGAUGAAUGAUGCUCUUAUCGUGGCAAAACACAAGGGUUUUGAUGUUUUCAAUGCAUUGGAUUUAAUGCAUAAUGAAAGCUUCUUGAAGGAGUUGAAAUUUGGGCCGGGUGAUGGUAAGCUGCACUAUUAUCUUUAUAAUUACAGAAUUAAACAUAUCUUAAGAGCAUCGGAGCUCGGGCUUGUACUCUUGUAGUUCCAAGGUCGGUUAUGGGUUUUGAUCAAUGUUUAUCUAUGUACUCUGAUAUUUCCAUAAACACCUUUCCUUAUAUGUUUUAGACUUGAAUUUCCAUAUUUGUUUCUUAUAUCUAUAUCUGGUUUUGAAAGGCAGGGCAACAUGGAUUGUCUGCUUAGGUAUUUUAAAUUACAUAAUUUUUGGAAU